GGAAUCCCUCACGGUUAGUUCCCUGAGGGAGCUUUCAUCUUUUGAGAGGAAUAGUUUAUCAAAGUAACAAUCUGCCUUGUCUGGUAAGAGGGGAUCAGCUAUCCAAACAUGCCAUGAUUCUGUCUUCCAUAAAAUUGGUAAGCACAAGCAUGGAUGUGAAAGAUGUUCUCCUGUACAAGUAUCGUGUGUGUCGGGGCAAAUGAGAUAUUGGAAUUCCAAAGCUUGAAAAAUGGUUGAGGUUUCUGAAAGGACUGCCUUCAAUUUCCCAACUAAGGUUAGGGUGAAGCUGAUACAAGCAGGAAGGGUCAGUUUCCUUCCUUGCCUCUGUAAUACUGGAGCAGAGAUGUUGUUAUGACCCCAUAGGAGGCACAGCUUUUUAAUGACUGCAUGGGAGGCAGAGAACCAAGCUAGACAUGAUGUUAACAUACAGGUUUUAAAAAAUGCAAAUAGCAUCAGCUGGCGGGGAGGGGUACAAUGACAUUAAUUGAGAAUUUCCUUCCAAUACAAACUGUACCUUCAGAGGGUUGCAUUGUGGGAGCGUUAUAUUCUUACUCCAUGCCUGCUGCUAUCUUGAUGAUUGUUAGCCCCUCACCCACCACUACCAUAAAUCUGAUGCUAUUAAAAGUGGCACAUUAUACAUUUAAUGUCAUGUCUAGUUUGGACCUGAGACUAUGACUAGAAACCACUUUUCAGCCUACCAUCCAUGUCUUCCUUCUGUCCUCUGAAAGCUUUGCAGUGUGAACAACAUUUCCUAUUCAUGGUUUUGUUUUGCUCAGGUUAUCACCCUGUAAAAGGAUCUUAUGUGAUUAACAAUUUGACCGAGUGGUGGUUUUUCUAACCUGCUUUUCAAAUAGUUUCUUCGCUUAGAAACAGCCCUUGUAUGUGUUACAUAAAGAAAGUUAGUCCACUAUUGUUUCUCUUGUGGUAAAAAGUGCAACCUGAGAAACCAUUAUCAUGUUUUUCCUUACCAUGUAAUGCCUUUGUUGAAAAUCUGGAGAAUAGUUUUCCACAAACUUUAACAUUUGAUCCUAAUAAAUGUCCUGAAACCAAUAUAGAAAAAAGUCUUUCAUUCUGGAUGGCAUUAGCAUUCAUAGAAGCUGUUUGCUUUUGGUGUAUAUGUGCAUCACUUGGUAAAGCAAAGUAUAUGUGCGUGUUCCUCUUCAUAAUACCUUCUCAAAGAGCAGUCAAGUUUAAUCUUCCUUUCCAGGAUAUUGGGGAGACCCCCACCCCACCCCCAGCACACAAGCCUGCUCUUCAUUGGGUGUAUCCAGGCAAGCAGUCGUAUGUCCUAUUUGCUACUGAUGAUCAUAUGAGGGCGUGGAAUAGAAAUUGCAUUAUGUUGUGCUUUUCUUCCCAGGGAGGCAGAGAAGAGGGUUGUGUGAAAGAAGCUUGUACCUCAUUUAAGAAGAAGUAGAAAUCUUUCAAUGACUGGCUUUAACAUAGGCUUCUCCCUAGCUCUCUUCCUGGUAAUUGUCCUGCUCUCCUUCCUGUUCAUUAUGGUAAGGAUGGGGAACUGGCGACCCUCCAAAUGUUGUUGGAUUAUAACUCCCAUCAGCCCCAGCCAACAUGACUAAUGGUUAGGAAUGAUGGAGAUCUAACAGUUGGAGGGUCACAGGUUAUAUGGUUAUGUUCUGCCCCCGCUAUCGAAGGCAGUAUGCUUUUGAAUACCAGUUGCUGGAAACCACAGAACAGGAGAGUCCUACAGGCUUCCUAUAGGUAUCUGGUUGGCCACUGUGAGAACAGGAUGCUGGACUAGAUGGGCCACCGGCCUGAUCCAGCAGGCUCUUCUUAAGUUGUUACCCAAUCCCUGUAUUUACAUAAGGACAUACCUAUUACUGGACACAUCCUGUUAAUUCCAUCUAACUUCUUUUAAGGGAAAUUAAAUCUGACAGCAUCACUAUGCCAUGUUGAGAUUCUGAACCUCUCAGUUUGACACACUGAAUGAAAAAAAAUUGGAGUUUAUGUGUGACUGGAUACGCUGAUAACUCUGUAAAUUCAGUGUGUUAGGGGGAAACUGAAAACCAUCAGUUCCAGACUUGCGAAGCAUGUAUGCAUGGGAAAUGUGUGGGAAUUAGUAUGAGGACAGUAAGGGACAAAACUAUAAUGAAAUUAAAUGCACCAUGUUUGUUGCUCUAGAUGUACCCUUAGACAUUUGCUCCAGCAACAGCUACCAAAUUUCUUUUUACAAAAAAAAGUUUAUUUUUUCCCAAAGCAAACUUCCUCAGUUUAACUUAUUAUAAAAUGAGUCAUAUAAAGAAACUUUAUAUGUGUGAGGUAUAUUCCACUUCUGUGAAAACAUUACAAACCAAACAAUUUUUUCUCAGUUUAUUUAAGAUGCUUUUGUUGCAAGCUGAGCUAAGGAGAGAACCCUCUUAUGUGUGAAGUAUUAUGCAGUGUGUGUGAGAGAGAUAAUAACACCUUAUAAUUCAUUACAGCUGUGUUGUAUUUACAUAAAAGUAGGCUUAGCUGUGUAGAAAUUUGCUGAUUAAUUUAUUUUUAAUGGGAGUGAAGUAUACUUAGAACCAAUAUAAACGGUACUGUGUGUAUCUUGCUGCUCCUGGAAUAGAUGGAAAAUGUAAUUGUAGAUAUUUUGGCACAAAGCUACAUGGAUUAAUUCAUAUUCAGAAUACUCAUUUAAAGCUUAACACCCACCUUGCACCCAGGAUUGUCCUGUCACCCUGCAGCGCUAUGGGAGUACAACACUGCCAGUCAACCUUCUAGAGGCCUGGUUGCCCAAGGAUGAACCGUUGCAAAGUCUACAGUAUGGAAUCCUUGAAGACUCUCUUCCUGUGCCAUGGGUCCAUGUGGAGCCCAGGGGACCCUGACCUCUUCAUUUUUAAAUACUACUAUUGGUUUUACUGUUGGCUGCACAAAUAUUAUCACCUCUCUUAGUAAAUGAGAUGUUCUAGAUCCAUAAUAAUGUUCUGUGGCCCCAGAAAAUGCUGGAUGGCUGUUGAGCUGCAAACGGAGCCAAAAGAGAACCAUUAGGAUGAUAUACCUGCUCUCAGUGUACAGUUGCGGUGAACAAAGGGAGGUAAGACAAUUAGACAUAGCUUGUAGGACUGUGCACUGUGUCAAGCCUACUGUAAAUAUCUGAGAUAGACUAACUGUGAGCCAACUAAUAUUUGGGCUCCUGCUGCAAUGCCACCACUGAUUUUUCCAAUGUAGAAAUAGAAUGGUGGUGGUGGUCAGCUGAAAAAUAAAAAAACACUGGUAGGCUGGCUCUUGAGCCAAUGGCAUGGUUUUAGGAGACCAGACAAAACACAAAUCACACAGAACUGGGAAGUUUACAGAGAGAAGAGUGAGUUCUUAUGUAGGAAGAGUGGCAGAACAUAAACCACACUUUGAGUCAAAGACAUGUUCUUCCCCCUCUCCUACCUAUAGUGCUAUAGCACAAGGCUCUGGUGUGAUUUAAACUUGGUCUGGUCAGGGGCUUUAAGUGGAAAAGGGUGGGUCUGUGUUUAUUUAUAUUUGCCACACACACGCACACACACAGAGGUGUAGAAGAACAAGGCUUGGACCAAAUACGUGUUUGCCAUGACCAGAAGUGCUUCUCACAUUCAGAAAUUGCUGGGUUUUUCCUCCUGCCCACUGCUCCAGAUAUUUAUGUGGCCCUCCAGAUCAGCAGAGCAGCUCAGAGAGGCUGCAAGUGGGAGAGAUGAACCCCUCUCCCUGGGGAGGGGUGUGUGUAAAAAUGGUUUCUAGACCCAAGGCUAACUUUCAAAGCAUGUUUCCCCUGAAAUCAGCAUGAACCAACUAUGAAUGUCUAUGGCGCAGUACCUAGAGUGCUAGGCUUGAUUUACUAUAGCUAGACUUGAAACCCACCUCUCUUCCAAGAAGCUCAGUGCAGUGUACAUGGUUUCUUCCACCUCCCCACUUAAGAGAAUAAAAUUAACAACCCUGUGAGGUAGGUUAGUCUGAGAGAGUGUGGCUGAUCCAACGUCAGUCAGCGAUCUUCAUAACUGAAGGGGGAUUUGGAUUUGGGUCUCCCAAAACUCUAACAGACACAAUGCUGGCUCUCUUGGUUCUGCAUUACCCUAGCAUAUUUAUGAAUUUGCUUAGAUACUUCAAUAAGGUUCCAUGACUUAAUCUCAUUAGAACAUAGGCAGAGGUUCACAGUGAGAGCAUGCAAAAUAUUGAUUAUAAAACACUUGGCACAUUAAAAGUACUUAUAGGUAUUAUGCCUCCUGUACAAACAACUGUAAUCUAUUACUAAAAGAUGUCUGUUGAAACAUGUCCUUUGAAGCAAACAUUCAUAGGAGAGUAAACUCUGCAGCACGCCCAUCUCUGUUGUUUAUACAAGGAUGUUCCCCUUAAAUUUUAGGGUUCCAAUGUGUAGGUAAAGAUGUUUACUUGCAUUUUUUAUUAUUUAGAAGAUUCAUAUCUCAUCUUUUGGCUAAGAAAUCAUUUCCUCUUGUGAAAAAAUAGCCUCAAAGCUUCCUGAAUUGGAGGGGGGGGGUGGAUGUCACAAUUACUACCAAGAAGUUCCUUGAUGCUUUAAGCAAAAGGGAGUAUUAGUUGAAGGAAAUACAUUUGUGGCAUGUUUGCCAAGAUGACAGGCAGAUACUAAUUUCAAACAGCACCACUUUUCACGAUGAAUCAGAGGGUGCGGCCUAGUUUUGUUCAGAAAGUUCCAACAAAAAGUGCUCUAUUAAAAUUCUUUGCUUCUGUAUUUUUUUUAAAAAAGUUUCAUUUGGUGGGUGCUUUACAGUCUUUAUGUGCACGCUUGCAACAACCUUGCAGGACAGAUUACUGCAGGAAUCUUACAGUUCUGGCAUUAGAAAAGUCAUCCCAUAAAAGAUUAGAAGAGUCAUCCCAUCUCAGAAGAGUGUCUGACCCCACCAUCUUCACAGCUAAAGGCAUGAGAACUGACGGAACCGGUUUCAGGGCUUUGACUGCAAGAGAGAAGAUUAUUUAAGGUUAGGGCGGGAACAUGACUAAGUCUUCUUGCUUAAGGAAGUGUGUUUAAAAGCAGCCACUGCAGAGAAGAUGGGGAAACCGUUCUUGGUGUUUCUAUGAGGAAGGCAACACCAAAACAGGCCCUCCAAACCAGAAUUUUCUGCAACAAUUUCUUGCUUCAGCAGACAACCUGAUAAUUUUUUCAGAAGCUAUAUUUCUUCCUGGAAGGAAGGAAUGCUUAGAAAAGGUUGAGGAGGACAAAGGGAACACCUCACAACGUCUCUCUGUCUCCUGGAAGAAUCUGGCAAAGAGACACAGAAGGACUCUUGAUUAAACAAGAAGCAGCAUUUCCUUCAGGAGAGGCAAUUCUGAGUGUUAGCAUGUUUGGCUACCCAACAACAGAGGCAAUGAGCUGGCUCCACAAGGGCUAUGGGAACUCGCAAGGGACCACAGGGCAACUGAAAAGUCGUUUGGAGGAUCUGAAAAAGCCUUGGCGGAAGGAAAUCACCCCUUCAAUGCUGCAGCAUAGUGAGACUGCCAGGCUGGCUGUGGAUGCCUUUCUGGAACAGGGAGAAAGUGGCUAUCUGCAAGCCAUUGCUAAGGAAAAGGAGCUGCCAUUUCUUUCCACGUUAGAUAUGGAUUACAUGAGCCAACACAGCCAAAGCAUCACAGAGUCUCCUGUUAAGGGACGAGAGGCAGGGCUCAUGAGAGAGGAUAGUGCCGACAGGGCUUCUCUUCUCUCUGGAGUCACAUCUGGGACAUACUUCCCAUUUAUGUCAGACAUUGAUCCCCCAAAGCUAGAGCUGGGCUGGCCUGUUGUACCCCCCAUCUCAUCAUUUGACCAAACAGAAAUCACUUUGUAUUUCCAAAGAGACAAGGCAAACAGUGUCAAGGAAUUACUUCGGUCUCUAAUAAGCCAGGCCAAGACAGUGAUUGCGAUUGUGAUGGAUCUCUUCACAGAUAUGGAAAUACUCAGUGAUCUGAUGGAAGCUUCAAGCAAACGACGUGUUCCGGUUUAUCUGAUCCUUGAUGAAAAGAACUUGAAACAGUUUGUAGAAAUGUGCAACAAAAUGGAUCUCACUAUGGAUGACUUCCCAAAUAUGCGCAUACGCUGUGUGAGUGGAGGAACGUACUAUAGUAAAGCUGGCAAGAAGCUUACAGGACAAGCACUUGAGAAAUUUGUGUUGAUAGACUGUGAACAAGUACUUGCAGGGACCUACAGUUUUACAUGGCUGUGCAGCCAAGUCCACACUGGCCUGGUUACACACUUCAGAGGUAAAAUUAUUGAGGAUUUUGACAGAGAGUUCCGAUGCAUAUAUGCUGAAUCUAGAUCUGUGCAUAAACUCAGCAUCCUCACUGUUGAAAAGUCCACACCCUCUCCUCACAGAUUCGUGCAGAAACUUGAGCCAGUUUUAAAGCAUGUUCAACUUAAUGAGAUGAGUGAGACCACAAGCCCCUCCAGUAGUCUCUCCAACUCAAGCAUAAUAAGCAUAAAGAGAUCUCCAUAUCUAAAUUCAUCAACUUCUAAUGCGCCCUGUGAAAAGAAAGAAUUAACUACCAGUGAAACAAGAAAGAAUACUUCAGGCUUACUGGGGCUUAGUGACUUGAAAUACCAGUCCAGGGAGCUGCCAGACUCUAGCUGCAGUGCAUCAGCUAAAUUAAAGUCCCAAUUCAAUGAUGCAUCUAAUCUACUGAGAUUUAAGUCAUCUUUGCUGUCAAUAUCUUCACCAAUACUAGAUGACAACAGCACAAAAAAUGGGCAUGAUUUGCAGUUUCUGACUGAGAAUAUUGGAAUAAAAGGAAACAAAAAGUUCCCCUAUACUUUUCAAACUAUGGACAAUGUAAGCAAAAUACAGAAGAAUGGAAAACCAGCAGCUCAUGGAUACAGCAACCUAGAUCUCAGUAACAAGCCUACUAAGCCAAUAAAUAGUGAAACAAGGACCACAGUUUCUGAUUCCUAUGGUUUUUCGGAUGAUGUGCCAAUGGAAAACAAUAGCAAUAUACACAGGGAUGAAAAAAGAAUGACUCUUGGUCACAGUAAAUUGGAUCUCAUUACCAACUAUAACAAAUCAAAACCAAAGCAAAUUCACAGUAGAUUUGAGUUGUAAUUUGUAUUAUUGUUUUAGCAAAAAUGUUUGAUCUCAUUCAAAUGGAUAAUGAGUGCAGACAUUACAUUUGCAAUAAUUAAUACAAAAAUAUGGAAAUUCAAUGUCUCCCAUUUUAGUUGGUGUGCGUCAGAUUUAAUACAAAAAUAAGAAGGCUUAAUAAGGAGGCUAGAUAUAUAAACACAUAGUUGUGUGAGAGUUUUGAAUGAAUUCUUGAUAUGUAGAGUUCUAGAAUAAAUUUAAAAGAUUAUAUAUUCUGAAAGCUGAAAAGAUGGUUAGCCUGGAAUUUUGCCCCAUGGACAUAACUAGUGGUUUCUGAAAUAAUGGGGGUGGGGGUGGGUAAAUCUCUAAUUAGUAGUUGUGUUGAACUAGGACCUGGAAGUCUCAUUUGGUCAUGAAGUUCAGUGCUGAUCUUGAUCUUGCUGUCUCUCAUCAAAACAAGGCUUGUUGCAAGGGUAAAAUGUGGGGUAUAUGGUGGACCCUGUAUGUCACCGUGAACUCAGUGGAGAGGCAGGAUAAAAAUGAAAUCAAUAAGUAAAUAAUAUGAGGAGUAAAACAACUCACUUUAAAGACUGAGAGGCUUCAGUGCAGCUAUUUAGUAGAACCAGCUCUCUCUCAAUGCCCAGUGUACACUACUCUAAAGUGUUCUCUGAUCAGAGCUAUAAGAAGUCCUUGUUGUCAAGGGGAAGUGUUUACAGCAGCAGCAGUAGUAAGGAUCUGCAGAAACCAUAGUAGAAACUGUAUCUCCUACCUCCCCCCACUGUGGUUACUUGCCCACUUCUCUUUCCUUCUCUCCCAGAUGUGGCAUACAGGCUGUGUACAUGCCAUACAUUUAAAUCACAUUGAAAGCACAUUCCCCACCCACCCAAGAAUACUGGGAACUGUAGUUUACCCUUCACAGAGCUGCAAUUCCCAGCACCCUGAACAAAGUAGAGUUUUUGGGAUUCUUGGGGGUGUGCUUUAAAUGUAUGGUGUGUACACAGCCACAGUUACUAAUCUAGAUGCAGGAAGCAACAGAUUAUUUUUUAGAAGUUGGGGGAAAUUAGUCACAUGAAAUUAUGUGAAGCUACUAUUUAAAUCCUAGUGCCUUGUCAAUCACAGGUUCUGCUCCUGGAAAAAAAACCCGUUCUUGUGGGGAGAAUACAUGAAGAAUACAUUGGUUUGGUUUGAUUGUAUCUCUUUAAAUAGCUUGUGAACCCUAGAAUGGAAGAUGGGAAGGGCCAUAAUUAUUGACUCUUUGUGUUUAAUAAACACUAUGUGUUGUGCAAUAUGAACCUAAUUAAGACCUCUGGGUAGUGUGCAUUGGCGUCAAGUUUGCAAAGGGUGGAUGGAAAUGCCCUGAACAGCAGCCUGAAUUCUGUCCUUGGUUCUGUGCAUACUGUGUGUUUUUUUUAAUUACAUGAACACAUAUUUAUCCCAAAUAGGUGAUCAACCAGAUUUUGAUAAAGGAUUUACACAGUCAUAGCAUAGCUCCUUCCACUUGAGUGACUGAAAGUGAAUUAGGUCACAGUUCAGCCACAGUGAAGCACUUUGAAGUCUCAUUGAUUUCAAUGGGAGGGUUAAUUGCAUGCUUAACUGAGAUUAGUGAGAAUGAAACAUGUUUAGCUUUGACUAACUUGUGCCCUUACUCAGUAGGGAGAAGCAGACUUUCACCAUUGAUGCCUUUCCCCCCUCAAAAUCAAGACUGGAUACGUUUCUCAAGAGUUGAGCUAGUUCAGCCAAGGUUUUCUGGGCUUGAUGGAGGAAUUUUUGGAAGGGUUGUGAUUGUCCAUUUUAAAAUGUAAAUGUACUGCCUUCAAGUCGAUUCCGACUUAUGGCGACCUUAUGAAUAGGGUUUUCAUGAGGCUAAGAGGCAGUGCUGGCCCAAGGUCACCCAGUGAGCUUCAUGGCUAUGUGGGGAUUCAAACCCUGGUCUCCCAGGUCAUAGGUCAUAAUCAAAAUAUUUCGGGUUUUUAUCUUUAACCUCAAAGGCAGACAAAUAAACUAAAUAGCAAUUUUGAUUAUAAAGUCAAUGGGAAGUGUGCCUCUCUCUUUUCUUUAUGAUACUGUUUGAAGCACUACAUAAAU